UUGUUGUCCCUACCAGCGUACCGCCAUAUUGGUUUUCAAAUGUGAGAAUUAGGAAGGAAGAGACAAUGACUGGAUUUUAUAAGCAUUUCGGACUCUGUGUCGUACUUUUUGCAACACAAGUUUCAGGGAUAGAUUUCACUAUUUCAAGGGAUAACGUUGUGGUUGGAAGUACCGGAACAUUAACAAUGAGAUGUGACGUCACUGAAAACGAUGUUGUCACAAUUUACCUUAUUCAGAUAAGGCGAGAAACUGUCCAAGGAUCAGAUAUUUUUGAAUCAAUUGUGGAAAUGGAAACAGGAGAUGCAACGUCUGAAACUCCUACUUUAAAAGUAACAAACAACAAAGAUUUCGUUGCUGGAGGCACAUUUGAUAAGACUACACCCGGUAACACAUACCUGUCAGUGAGCAUGAAUAUAAGUAAGCUGGUGUGCAGCGAUGUCAAAGCUUACAUAUGUGAACUGUCAUAUAAAACUACUGCCGAUUUAAUAAAAUCGGUGGAAAAAAAUGGUACCUUUUCUGCCUAUGUUUACCCUGAAGUAAAGACAUUAGAAGGGAAGAGGAACGGUUAUAUAGUACAGGGAUCAUCAUCUUCAGAUCAAGCAGCAUUUGAUGUCGGUGAUGAAUUGGAACUUACAUGCACCGCUAAUAUUGGAAGUUUACCAGCAACCACAAUCAGAUGGCGAAAGACUUCUGAAAUGGGACAAACGGAAGAGUUUAUAAGGUAUCUACCACCAGCAGGAUCAUUUGAAGAAGGGACUGCAAUAAGUGACAAUCAGUGUGGUUAUACCAGAGUAGCAACUAUUAGAUACAACACUACAGUCGCAGAUGCAAACAGGGAUAACAACCUAGCAUUUGAGUGCUCUGUUUCUGUUAGUGGAAAUCCAUAUGGAACAGAUUAUACAACACAAAACAAUCCUCGGUUUUAUGUGGAGGUGGAGAGUGAAUAUCUGACAACACCGGAAUAUCUGACGACAACGGAACAUCUGACAACCAUUAACAAUGGAAUAUCUGACAACAAGGGAAUAUCUAUUUGCCACUUCUCCUUAGUUAUGGAAGUGUUUAUCAAAUUAUGUGAAAUUUUUAAGGUGUUUAAUUGAAGGAUUUAUUUGCUGUGAUGGAAGCCUUAUCCCACGACCAAACUAAGAAUGAGUACUAAUGUAGGAAAAUCUCGGGUGAAGACCAGGACCCCACCCCAACCAUGCAUAUUUUAAGUGAGUGGAAUCGCCAGAUCAGAAUAGCUUACUUUUAUUUCAUAGACCGCAACCAUUUACAUCAUUUUAUAACCUGUAUAGAAAUGUUUAUUUUUCAAGAUACAUUGUAUGUGUAAAUUCAUUGCAUUGCAUAAUUUAGAUUAAA